UAUUUAUUUAUUAUUUAUAAUGUUUUUUAACAAGAUUUUUGAUACAGCAACCUUACAAUGUGAACUGUGCAAAAAUAUAACACCAAAGCGCAGCGCAUAUAUCUGUGAAUCUGGUCAUACUAUUUGUAUAAAUUGCGACGGCGACUUAAAUGAUACCCGCGAAGUUUCUGAAAAGGACAACUCGAACGAAAUUAAAACUGAUAAUGAAUAUAAUGCAGCGCAUUAUUUAGCGGGUGGUGAUUACAUUAAAAUAAAGUCUAAUAAAGCGAUUGAUGAAAAAGUUAGAAGAAAAACAAGCAAAUACAAGCAUGAAGGAACUGAUAAAACAAAUUAUGUUAAAAAGAACAUUAGCCGUACGAGUAAUAAACAUGAAACAACUGUAGUUUACAAGAAUUUGGGUUUCGAUAACAACGAAAGUGUAAAGAGUCUAAUUAAUAGCCCUAUCAGCACUAAUAAUGAGAUAGAAAAAAUAAAUAUAAGGCCAAUUACUUGUCCCAUGUCCCACUGCAAAAAAACAGUUGCAUUCAAUUCAAUAUUGAAACAUUUCAAUUUCGAUCAUUCAGAAAUAGCCACGUUACCAAUUAACAUUAAGAAAACUUUGAAGAUUUACUUAAAACCAAUAAAUUUGUCUAAAGAUACCAAAUGUGUGGCUAUUAUAAAUCCAAUAGGAAGUAAGGCUACUUUAUUGCUUAUGGCAGCUAAAGUGCAUGCAAGUCACGCAAUCCAAGAAGAUAGGCAAUCUGAAAACAAUUUGAACACGAACCUUGGACUACCAGAUAAAAACGGAGAUGCAGAUCUUGACAUAAAGCAAGUAAAAGAAACGCAAGAGGACAUAAUAAUUUGGAUUUGUAGAUUAACUGAAUUUAAACAAUUGUGCUCUAUAAAAGUUAAACGCGACAACAUUCUAGGUUACAGCUACAUCGGAGAAGGUUUAGAUAUCAGUCAGAAUCAGGAACCUACAAGUGUAUUUAAGAGUCCAGAAUGCUUAUUGUUAAGAUACUAUUCGAUAUAUAAAUUAUUGGAUGACCAGAAACAGAUACAUGUUUAUAUUAAUGUUUUAAAAUAA